CUUCUGCUGGGGUGCGUUUGGCUUUUGGAAGGGACAUCUCCGACUGGGCGGUACCAGGGAGGAGCGUUCCAAGCAGGCGGGAUCCUCAUGGACGCCAUCUGUCCCCUGCUUCCGUGAAACCCGACCGUGGUCACAAUUCACACAGGGAGGAAUCUGAAGGAGUCGCGCGUGACUGAUUGCUCGACAGUCUGUCGGGGCAGGGGAAGAAGAUGGUGACGAAGAGGAUCCGCUCGGAGUACAUGAAGAAAUUUAAAGACCCCAAAUGGGAGACCUACGCGAAAUGUUACGAAGAGUUGCUGAAUUACAGGCUGGGCCGCAGACUCCUGGAGCAAUCACACAACCCCUGGUUCUGGAGCGGAUCUGACAGCGACUCAGAUUCAGGAGGAAAUUCACCUGAGGCCCGCCAGAGUCAAGCUUGGUGUUGUGGCAAAGGUGAUGACCCCGCAGUGACCCAGAUGGAAGAGUGCCAGGGGGCUGUGACUGAUGUACCAAGACUUCCGGUCCUGGAGAUGUACGAUCAUGAUCGGGUUCCGCAAGGAGAAAGAGAGUCAUGUGUACCAGAGAAGGAGCGAGGAGAGGAGAGUGACAGUAAACAUAAAAGUGUCACUCGCAAGGAACCACAAGCGGUGUCUAAACCUGACCAAGAAAAAGAACCUGCAGGUUCACAGACGCAGCAGACGAAGCCACAGAGGCUUUCCAAGCUUACGCGGGGCCGACGGGUCAAACCGGCACUGGCGCGACGCCCCACUGAGGACGGCAAACAUCCUUUUGCGCUGUAUGCUUCUGGUGAGAAGGAUGCGGACAUCGCGGGCAGAAAGACGCACAACGUCCGACCUGCUGCUUCGACCGAUCAGAUCCAUGCGUCCGCUUUAAGGGCAAAAUCCAGACGGGAGGCAGAGCGGCAGGUCCAGACUUGGCGAGGCGAGCGGCGCAGAACCAAGUCGGCUGAUAUCGACAAAGCCAAAAAGACGGUUCAGCCCGAGUUUGACCCUUGGCUCACUGAGUACAUGCGCUGCUUCUCUGCUCGCGCUCGAUGAAACACAAAUGCUGCGCACGUAACAAUACAAAGCAUUUAUUGUCCACCUGGUUAAUGGGCUAGUAGACUAUUUUUGAAAGUCACCAGGAAAUACUUAAAAAGUGGCGGUGACGACGUAAUCCGGAUAGAAACAAGUCGGUAUUUUGAUGCAGUCAGCUUUUUAGAAAUCUUAAAGCCAUACUUUGAUCCAGUCUCUUUAAACACAUGGUGAAUAAAGCCGGGUGACUAUUUCUUUACCAUUAAUGAGCUAGUAGUAGUUAGCAUGUCUGGUUCAGAAAUGUCAGGCUUAUGAGACCAAAAAUUAAUCAAAUGAAUCAUAAAAUGGACAUGAAGCCAAAUAACCUUUAAUGGUAAAAUAUUUAGCCCAUUUGAAGGACUAAGUCACCUCUGGGCCAUACAAUGAAAUCUUUAUACUAAUGUGAUGUGCAUUGAGGCCAAAAUCAAAUUUUGUUUUUAUUAGUACGGUUUUAAAUGUUUUUUUUUGUAACUGAAAGUUGAAUUCUGUAACUGUAAUUUAGAAAAAAUUUGAAAUUUUGUGCAAUAUGACCGGAAAUAGUGUGAAGUUGGACAAUUUCAAAGCUGAAACUUUAAGUUUGUUCCUCUUUUGCUUUACUACCUGUUUUUUUUUUUUUCAGCGAACAAUGUUCAUUGAUCUUAUAGUCGUAAAAUGAGCAGCAGAUAUUCAGUCUGCAUUAAAAGUUUUGGUUUAUUGUACAAGUUAUAUGUUCUUUCCUUUUUCCACUCAUCCAUGACAAUACAGCUUAUGAUAAAAGCAAUGUUACAACACAAAAAAGUUCCAUAUCUUUUUUACAAUGUCUUGUUUAACUUUUAAUAAAUGCUGUUUUGACCAGUC